AAUUUACCUUUAUUAUUGAUCGUUCAUCGAUAGAUUCGAUUAUUUGCAAUGACAUUUGUCAAAUCGUUCGAAAUAUUUUUAAAUUGUUUUUUAAUCCGAUGAAAGUUAUAUUAUCAUCUAUAAACAUAUUUAUAUACGUGCGAAGAUCUAUAAGAUUAGUAGCUGCUCUAUUAUCUGUUGACGUGUAAUUCGUGCAGUGUAUUAUUUUUGUUUCUGUCAUCUAAUGUUAUAUAUUGUCAUUUACGCAGUUCACUUUUUCAAAUAUUAAUUCUUCGCCAUUAGAUCUCUUUUUAUCUCAAUUUAUACAGCAGUUAACACUGUAUAAUACAUAUUUUAUUUUGGAGAUAUAAAAUUGUAAGUAGUGAUUGCUAUAAUGAGUUGUGUAAGAUGUUGUUUGAUCAGUGCUGGACGUCUAGCAUCUUCCAAUCAUGUCAGCAGCCACUUUCACAAAAUUGUCAGAGUCGUUGCUACUCGAUCACUUACAACAAGUACAAACUUAGCUAAGGCUCCAACUGAAUCAGUACCACCUAGUAAAAGUGGUGGUAGUACAACAUCCGGAGCAUCAGGAUCUGGUGGAGAUAAUGGUAAAAAAGAUUCUCUUAUUUGCCCAAAGUGCGGAGACCCUUGUACGCAUGUUGAAACUUUUGUAUCAUCAACGAGAUUUGUGAAGUGCGAAAAAUGUCAUCACUUUUUUGUAGUACUGUCCGAAGUAGAUUCGAAAAGAAGUUUGAAAGAUACGUUGAGACCUGACAUGGAUUCCAAACAUGGAUUUUAUAGAAAACCACCUCCACCUCCUAAAAAAAUCUUUGAAUAUCUGAAUAAGCAUGUUAUUGGUCAAGAAUUUGCUAAAAAGGUACUCAGUGUUGCUGUAUAUAAUCAUUAUAAACGGAUAUAUAACAAUUUACCAGCACAGAGUGUUCAACCUAAUACUGGUUCAGUUGGUUCGCAAGAAAUGAAUCAUCCGUUUACUCAUAGAGGUCUUAAACCACAUUUAUUGCACAUAUCUAACGUUGGAAAUUCAUUAGGAGUCGGAUAUCAAAAUAUUUCUGGUAGUAAUGAUCAACAAAAAGGAUCGAAUCAGUCUUCACCUGGAUCGGACAUUUUAGACAGUCAACAACAUCAAUUGAAGUUAGAAAAAAGUAAUAUUCUAUUGUUUGGACCAACUGGUUCGGGAAAAACUUUGUUAGCGCAAACAAUAGCUCAAUGUUUGGAUGUACCCUUUGCAAUUUGUGAUUGUACUACACUGACACAAGCAGGAUACGUCGGAGAAGAUAUAGAGAGUGUUAUAGCUAAACUUUUGCAAGAUGCCAAUUAUAUAGUGGAAAGAGCGCAAAUGGGUAUUGUAUUUUUAGAUGAAGUUGAUAAAAUAGGUGCUGUUCCUGGUAUACAUCAAUUACGAGACGUCGGAGGUGAAGGUGUACAGCAAGGAAUGUUAAAAAUGUUAGAAGGUACUAUUGUCAAUGUACCUGAAAGAAACAGUUCUAGAAAGCUUAGGGGCGAUACGUUGCAAGUGGAUACAACAAAUAUACUUUUCGUUGCAUCUGGUGCUUACAACGGUUUAGACAGACUUAUCGCCCGACGAAAGACUGAAAAAUAUUUGGGCUUUGGCGCGACGCCUCCAUCUAAAAGUCCAGGAAGAAGAGCUGCCAGUCUUGCGGAUGUAGCCAAUAUGUCAACAUCUGCGGCAACAGACAACGAAGAAAAAGAUUUGUUAUUGCAGCAAGUAGAAGCGCGAGAUUUAAUAGACUUUGGUAUGAUUCCUGAAUUUGUGGGAAGAUUUCCAGUACUUGUACCUUUCCACACUUUAAACAGAGAUAUGUUAGUUCAAAUUCUCACCGAACCGAAAAAUGCUAUGGUUCCUCAAUACCAGAUGUUAUUUUCUAUGGAUAAGGUGGAAUUAACAUUUACAACCGAUGCUUUGAGCGCCAUAGCAGCAUUAGCCAUGGAAAAGAAAACAGGUGCAAGAGGUUUACGAGCUAUAAUGGAAUCUCUACUUUUAGAACCUAUGUUUGAUGUACCAGGAAGCGAUGUAAUGUCAGUCCAUAUAACAGAAGCAUGUGUACGUGGCCAAGAAAAGGCACAAUACAUAAGAAGAGGUGAGGCAACGGAAGAGGAAUUACAACAAGCGCAACAUGUACAAAACUAGCAAAUAAUUAAAGAACAAGAGACUAGCAUAUAGCUGUUUUAAUGCUAUAUCAGUACUGUCUCUUGUAAAUAUUUAAAUGAUAUAAAUCCAAUAUACAAAUUUAAAUGAAAUUUGAUGAAUCAAAUAAUUUU